AUGCGUCCCUCGAAAACACAACUUACAAUGCACGGAGUAUUCUGGAGGCUAUUGGGCGACCCGAAAUUCCAGUCUACCCGGGAAGCCCAAAGCCAUUUUCGCGACCUGCUUUACAUGCUCCCGAUAUUCAUGCUACCUGAUCUAGGCGAAUCUGGCUUGGACGGCACAGAUCUGCUACCAAAGCCCUCGGUUGCCGCGAUCACUGAUGAAAACCCAAUUCUGGCCAUGAGAAAUGCGCUCUUAGCGCAACCCAAAGGAACCCCUUGGGUAGUUGCGACUGGAACUUUGACCAACGUCGCACUGUUAUUCGCAACCUUCCCUGAGCUGGUGGACCACAUUCAAGGUCUGAGCAUUAUGGGGGGUGCUAUUGGCGGUGGCUUCACGGAUGCACCCAUGAGCAAACUACCUGGAGAGCACUCUCGCAUUGGAAAUGUUACUCCAUGGGCUGAAUUCAACAUCUAUUGUGACCCCGAGUCGUCCGAGUCUAUCUUCAGUAACCCAGCUCUGGCAGCGAAAACUACAAUGGCAGCUUUGGAUUUGACCCACCAAGUUCUUGCGUCUGAAAACGUGCAAACAAGAAUUCUACACGGUGGAAGAGACACUUCCAGACCUCCCACCGUGAUUCGCCAGAUUCUUCAUGCUCUUCUCACCUUCUUUGCAGCAACAUAUGAGCAAGUCUUUGGGCUCGCCACUGGACCUCCGCUGCAUGAUCCAUUGGCCGUUGCGGUGAUUCUAUCAUCUUUGAAUCCAAACUAUGCGACAAGAUACCCUCUUCGGGCACUGAAUUUCGACGACAGAGGUGGCGAGCGAUUCGCUGUCAAGAUCGUCACAGACGGGCAGCAUGGCAAGGACAUCUCCGUUACAGGGCAACUGGGUCGCUCAAUUGCAACUCCAGUCCCAGGCCCGGGUGUCGCCAUCCCCAGAGGUGUUGAUUUGGACGCAUUUUGGAAUGUGAUCCUCGACUGCCUUCAAUUGGCCGACGAUUGCAAUUCGAGCCGUCAGAUUUGA